UUGUAGAAACAACCCAUCAAGCCAUUAAUGGUAACAGAAAAAUACAUAUACCUUGUGCGGAGGUGCUUGCUUGGGUGCAGAGUAAAAUAAACGACAAAAAAUAAAUAAAAAAAGUAAUUAAAAAAAAUAAUAUUACAGGGUUUUUUUUCUCAUUUCGCGCCGCACCUGACAUUUUUGGAAGGUCAGGUCCACGGUUUUUGUUACUCUAUUCAUUGCAUUGUGGGAGGAGACAGCCAGGCUUUAUUGUAUGUUUCACUGUGGGUGACUUGCGCAGUAUCUCAGUCAAUGCAACAGUGGAAGGAGAGUGUCACUGAAUAGAUUUGGCGGAAUGCACAAAUCUCGGUCUAAAGGAACUGGAAGAGCAGGGAAAUAAAAUAACCGCACUCACAGCCACCAUCUUUUAGCAGUAAUUCAUGUUUUUUUAAGCAAUGGAAGGCGCUCUGGGGAAGCCGCAGAUGAUGGCGGACAUCAGCUGCAACAAUAACGCUGUUAAUGCAGAGAUGGAGGUGAAAAAGCUACAGGAGCUGGUUCGAAAACUGGAGAAGCAAAACGAACAGCUAAGGAACCGGGCCAACGCUGUCAGUAGCUGUACAGCGAGUCCGCAUAUCCUGCAGUCCUCGCCAGCUUGUCUGUUUGGAAGCCCUGGGAGAGUCGUCAGUCCCGUAUUCACUGGGAGCUACUGCAGUCCAAGCCCUGUCCCAACGCUUCUGUGUCCUGCUGCAAUCGGUUCCUAUUGCCCGCCUGAACAACAGUACCUCGACUUCAAUCGGCAUUGUGUAGCUGACGCUGCUGGUGAAGUGCUGUGCUUCACCGCCAGCACAGAACCAACAAUCUUUGAUGAGGUUGAGAUUUUGGACCUUGAUACUGCUUGCAACAGUGAAGGAGAGGAUGAGGAUAACUGGUUGUAUGUUUCUCCUAAAACAAGGCUCACGUGUGAACAGAGAGCCCUCAGUCCAUUGCAGUGGUGCAGACAAGUGCUGGAUAACCCACCACCAGAAGUGGAAGCUGCAAAACGCUCACUCUGCUUAAGACUUGAACAAGCUAGCAGAUGGAAGACUCUAUUUCCCAGCCCUGUGUCUCCAGCUUUUCCUUACAGUCCUGUAUCAGGCGCCAGUGCCUAUAGCAAUGGCUUUCACUGCUCCAACAUCUUUAAACCAUCUACUAAAUCGAUACUAACACAGAAAACAGCUCCACUUCCUUCAUCAAGCCAUUCCCCGCUUCACUUGACAUUGACUUCUGCGAGAAGGGAUGUUUCUGGUGCUACUGUAGGCUUCUCUUCAGCACCCAAAACAAUAGCUGUACAGACUCCAUUGCCUUCACCAAGCCAUUCCCUACUUCACCUGACAUUGACUCCUACAAUGGGAGAAGUUUCUGGUGUAGCUGCAGGCUCUUUUCCAAAUCCUGAGACCCUGUCAGAACAGAGUUACACAAUGAGGAAUCCUCCUCUCAGCCGGCAGUCUUCAAUUGACAGUGAGUUGAGCACAUCUGAACUUGAUGAAGAUUCAAUCUCCAUGGGAUAUAAACUUCAGGAUCUAACUGACGUCCAGAUAAUGGCACGGCUCCAAGAAGAAAGUCUUCGUCAGGACUAUGCUUCCACAUCUGCAUCAGUGACGAGACGCAGCUUUUCAUUCCAAUCGGGAAUGAAAGGAGCCAGCAGUGACCUUGAAUAUGAUCAAUACAGUUUGGAUGACGAUGAGGAAUAUGAUCACCUUCCUCCACCGCAGCCUCGGCUCACCCGCUGCUCCCCUUUUCAAAGAGGAAUACCACAUUCGCAGACUUUUUCUAGUAUUCGAGACUGCAGAAGGAACCCGACUUCACAGUACUUGAACACUUACGGUUAUCAACAGUAUUGUUCUGCAUCACCAAUGGUUUACACACCUGAACCACAGCAAAACUGCAGGCGAAGUGCAGUAGGAUCUCCUGUUUGGAACCAAGCAGAGUAUGAGAACAAGCUCCGACGCAGUAUGCCGAAUCUGGCUCGUGUGCCAAGUACGAGUCACACCAGCUCCCCAGUCUCUGUUAGGAACAGUCAGAGCUUUGAUUCCAGUCUACACGGGGCUUCCAGUGGGCUCUCAAGACUGCCAUCAUCAAUUCCGUCUCCCGGUCAGCUGCAGCAUCGUGUCCACAGUGUUGGAAACUUCCCUGUGUCUGUCAGACAGAAUCUUAAAGCAACCGCAUACGUAAGUCCAACAGUGCAAGGGCCUGUUGGAAUUCCUACUUCAGUCAGUUUACAUUCGAUCUCCAGCAGCGGCAUUCCUCUUCCCAACAAGCCUGCCUCCCCCGUGGCUCCAGGGCGCAGCGCACUUCCGAGACCGGCUUCCGUUAUCGGAGGGAGCGGCAUACCAAGGAGUAAACUAGCACAGCCUGUUCGAAGUUUACUUCAGCCUCCGAAGACUCUCACAGCACUUGGCACUCUACGGGAUGGGAGUUGGAGAGAUGGCUGCUACUGAUACAGGAUAUAUUGUAAAAUAACUUUAAGAGACAGUCGUGUUCAGUGCCCAGCUGGCUGGGUUACUCUGAUACUGUUUCACAAAGUGUUCUUCAAAUAUGGGAUGACUUUUAUUGUCAUAAAAUAGAACAUUGAGGUCUAAGGCAUCUGAAACACUUGCCUAAUUGCUGGUGUACUGAGCUAAAAACCGUACAAUUACUUACUGUAUGCAUUGCAAUAAUGUCAAACUUGCAGAUGCAAGAUAUUGUACAGAGCAUACAAACGAAAUCAUUUCAGCCAAAAAUAAUAAUUGGUGUAAUUUGUUAAACUGUUUACAAUGAGAUGAUGGAAUUUACAAGUAUUGUUACUAAUAUAGUUAUUUUGCCAUUUUUGGAAGUUUAAUACUGGAGAAUGAAACAUGAAUGUCUAAUUGUUUUGAAUUUAAAGACCUGUUAUAUCUUUGUGGUGCCUAUUGUACAGUCCAUUGCGCUUUUUAAUUGUUUUUCUGUAGUUGGCAAGUAUAUUGUUUGCUGUCUCCUCUGCACCAGGACACUUUCUUUUUUAAAUUUGAUUUUAGCACUACCUUCAAGAGUCACUACUGUUGUUUUCAAAUAAAAACCUUAACAGUAUUGGAUAAAACUGUUUCACGUAGUUUGGAGCACACACAGGUUUAGCAAUAGUUUGAUACAUCCUUUUUUUUGUCGUUCCUGUCUCAAGUGAAUUCAUUUUUUUAUAUGAUUGUAUUACACAUUUAUUUAUUUGCGUUCAUGUUGUCACUGUAAAGCACAUUGCACUUGCAAUGAAUUAUAGCCAACAGUGGAAUCCGACUUUUAUAAUGCGAAAUUAGUGAACAUUUUAAUGUAGUUUAUUAACAGCAAAUGUACUGGGAAUGAGCAAGUUUUAAAAAUAAACUCUUUUUUUGAA